AUACCUUCCGGUUGAACGUCGCAGUGUUUUUAAUGCUAGGGCUAGGGUACAUGUAAAUGGAAUAAUUUUGCUGUGAGCUCGAUACAAUGGGGAUAGAGGAAGAAGCUGACCGCACGCUCUUCAUAAGAAAUUUGGAGGCCAGAGUAACGGAGGAGCUUUUGUUCGAGCUGUUUUUACAGGCAGGACCUCUAAUCAAAACUAAAAUCCCCAAAGACGCGGAUGGAAAACAGAAAACGUUUGGAUUCGUCGUUUACAAACAUGAGGUGUCUGUGCCUUAUGCCAUGCAACUUCUCAACGGGACGAUUCUGUUUGGCAGAAACAUCCAUGUGCAGUUCCGAUCGGGAAGCAGUCAUAGCAACAGUCCAGGAAACUCACAGAACUCAAGCCCUGCCAAUACCCCAAAUCCCCAUGGCCAGAGGACUCCAGUUCAGUUCAACUCUCCUCCAUACACACCACCCCAAAUGCAGAGGUCCUUCACCUCCCCCGACAGCCUGCAGAAGCAUGCCAUGAUGAACAACAUGAUGUGGCAGCUCCACAUGCAGCAGCUUGACCAGCAGAACGGCGCUUUCCAAAAGCCCCUGAGGCGGCAGACGUCGGCAGGCGGGAGCUCCAGCGGGGGCCCGAGGCAGCAGGAAAGCCCCCAGUACCGACAGCACCUAUCGCAGACGCCCGGCGGCAGGAGCCAGCGCUACGGCGAAGAGCUGGGCCGCCACCAGCAGCACGGCCACGCCCGGGAGGGCUUCCACCAGACCGACCGCAGCGGCAGCCGUCACCACGACAGCAGAGGUGGAAACAGACAUUAUCACGACGAAAGGGGGAGCAACCGCAGCAACCAGGACAGCAGAUGGCGACGAUACUGAGUCUUUUUUUGUUUUGUUUUUUGUGGACAGCUUUAUAUCUGAAUUAUGUUGAAACCGUUGUGAAUACUCAGGUCGUUUGUACAUGGUCUUACCAAUUUGGAGGUUUAGUGACUCAUGCCUUUUCUUUUUUUUUUUUUAAGGUGUUUUUAAAUUUGAACCCUUUCUUUCAUGUGAGAUUUUCCUCACAUCUGUUGUAAACAUUUUCAGGGCCAGGAUUGUGUCAACUUGUGAGCAAGGACAAAAUUCAGAUGUGACUCUAGGCCAAUUUUCCAUGAAGAGUUAAAAAAGUAACAUGUAUUUAAAAGAAAAAAAACAGUAGAUUGGCCUUUUUUAUGUUAUGCAAGUUGUAUUUAAAUGGUGCUCAGAAUUUGAAAAAGUUAUUCAGGUACUUUGCAAAAAAAAAGAUUUCACCAGCAACACCUAAAACCUACAAUAGGGCACCGACUUUUCUAAUUUUUUAGAUGUGUAAACCUUGCUAUUUUUCACAUUGGGGCUUUAUCUUGCUUUUUUGCUUUUUUUUUAUUCUGAUGUGUAUAACAUACUGUUUUAAAAAUGAUUGAAAAUGAAACGUUUUCAUUAUUAUAAAGCUCUUCAUUU